UGAAAUUUCUCGGAAACCAUAAUUUUUUUUAAAUAAGGCAAUAUUCAUUAAUUCGAAGACCCCAAACGGCGUCGUAGAGACUCAGCUAAAAGAAAAGCACUUGUAAAACCUACCUAUCUCCCUUAUAAAUAACCCCUUAACCUCUUUUUUCUCUUCCGCCGCCUCGCUCUGCAACUUUCUAUUUCGCAGCCCUAAAUUCCUAUAUCUCUCGAGAAUCUCUUUCCUCCUUCAAUCAACAAUGGAAUUCUGGGGAGCUAGAGUUGAGGCAGGGACGCCACUUAAAGUGAAACCUGAUGAAGACUAUCUCAUCCACCUUUCACGGGCAUGUAUUAUUAAUGGGAAGGAGGGUGAAACUGCUCUCUUGGACGUGACUGUUGAUGGGAAGAAGUUUGUGAUUGGAUAUCUUUCUCAGGAGAAGAUUCCUCAGAUCAACUUGGAUCUGAUUUUUGAGAAGGAGUUUGAACUCUCCCACUCAUUGGAGAGGGGGAGUGUCGACUUCACUGGCUACCAAACACCCGACGGCGACGAAGAUGAUGAUUCCUCUUCUUCUGAGGAUUACUACACUUCUUCUGACUCAGAAGAAGAGGGGGAAGUGAUGGUCCAUUCAACUAUCACUGCCAAUGGAAGUGCUGGAGCUUCUGCUUCGAGUGUUGCCAGGCCUGCUGAAGGAGCGAGUGUUUUCACCUUGCGGAUGGAUGUGGACGAGGAUGAUUCAGCUGAUGACUGAGAUUAUUCUGUGGAUGAAGAAAAUGUGACACCUUCCUAACUAUUUCUUUUGAUUAUAAUAACUGAAACUGUUUGCGGCAGGUUUUGCCCUUUGAUAUUGACUCUUGUUUGUUGAAAAUAAUGCCAUCUAGUUUAAUGGCAGGAAACUUAUGGUUGGUAUGUUUUAGCUC